AUGCGCGGACGAUCAGGGUACAGGAAUAACAGAGAAGGCAAUGGGAGUGCCGAUGGAAAUUCCAGUGGAUUGUCAACUAUGCUCAACGGUGGCAGCCACCACAAAGCUAAGAGGGCCUCAUUACAGCGAACCUCCUCGCUCAAGUUACCGGAUAAGCAACUCUACACCGUUUCUGAAAACAGCCACGAGGAGUCUGCGAUUCCCAAAGUUAGCGGGCACAACCACGCCCUUAAACUAAUGGCGAACCACCAUCGCAGUUCGGCCGCCAUGGCCUUAUACAACAAUUUAAAGAACAAGCGAAACAGCAGCAACAUUUCGCUCAAGGACGUGCGCAAAAGCAGUAAUGGUAAUAAUAGCUGCAAUUCAGCUUCCUCCAGCAUCAAAAGUCAACGUCUUCCGGUGAACCUGUACUUCCAUGAGACAAAAUACGACAAUGAGCCAAGUCAAGAUUUGGGCAACAACCCCAUCCACCAUUACCAGUUUGGUCGAAAUAUGGGUAUUAAGCCUAAAAGCUCGAGCACAACACUUCUGCCGACAAUGGCUAACUUGAGGCGCACUGAAUCUAACCACCCGGGAAGUUCCAUCAACCUCAAAGUGCGAAAUAGCAAAAGCGACAUUUCUGGUGCAGAUACAACUUUGGUGGCCGAUAGGCCCAGCGGGGGCGUUGACUUCAAUCAAAAUGGUCGAUUUUUAGACCCCCAUGUUGAUAGCAUUGCAACAACUGAGGCUCUCUCAAAUAGAGAGGACAAUGAAAUCAAAAUUUUAGAAAGUCAAAUCGAAACUGCCAUCAACGAUGAAGUGUUCUCUAGCGAUUACGCAUUUGAUAAUAAAUUCGACGACGUUAUACACAUUUCAAAAGGAAAAGAUAACGAAAAUGCCCCGAGUAUUACAAGCUCCAACCAGUCGCCUCUCACUAAGGUGCCAGGUCGAAAGCUAUCCAAAACCGAAUCCAAUUUUCUCGAAAAUUUUCAAAACGAUAUCUCAAGUAGAUCCAGCGCAGGAUCUCAGGCUGCAUCUCAUACAUCUCGAUUGCAGAUGAAACUGGACAUUAUGAAAAGUCGCUUCGAUAGUUUUACUGCAGAUCAGGAUUUAUCCAGUGGUUCAGACAACUGCCUUUCCGUGCUAAAGGGGGAAAAAGGCUCUCAUGGAAGUGAGCAAUCUCUGCCCCUAAUAGCUUCCAAUUUUCGUAAGUCGCUAGAGCCAGAACUCGAUGUUCAUCCUGAUUCCGUUGCUGGCGAUGGAAAGGCGCCUGUAUCAAAGUUUUGGCUCCGUUAUGACUUGAAAACAAAACUUCUGACCGAGAAACUAAACAAUCAACUCAAAAUGAUCGAACGAUUUCCUUCGUCAAAUGUGGUGGGGGAAAAGAUAAUGAUUUCUAGGAUAAAGCACUUCGCUGGCGAGAAAGAUAUUAUCAAAAAUUUUGAACACAUAUUACAGCAGCGAACAGACAAAAGGCCGGUUAUAGAGAAGCCCGUUGUUGUGAUGAGAAAUGACCAGAAGGAUCAAGAAUUCGAGCAGUUAUUCGAAAGUACUAAAAACUAUGUUCCAAGAAGUACGCCCACAGUUAACGAUGCUGAAUUGGAACAGUUGAGAGAUAAAAUGGGCAUCGGGAAGACGAUCUUUGAAGAUUUAUGGCGCGAUUCAGAACACUAUGAACUCUUAUCGCUAACAAAUGUUGGUCCUGGUCUUCCUCAAUUGCCCAUGGAUGACCAGCUCAGUGUGCCGAAACGAAAUACUAUAUCUGAUCACGGAUCAAGCGAUGGUGCUGCGUUCGCAGUUUCUCCUGAGGACUAUCGCUAA